AUGACUAUUAUUGUUGAAAUUGAUUGUAGAAUGAACAUUAUGCUAUCCAAAUCAGCAAUUGAUGAUAUGGCGAAAUGGAAUGCCGAUAAACGGGAUGUCCAGUUUUCUAGUUUACUAUGCUUUGCAAACAACAAAGCUGGGAAUGCCCCUCUUCCAAAACAUUGCUGUCAUGUCCUUCCUUCUAAGCUUAGCACUGUAAAAGCUGGAAUUAAUGCCGAUUUGGCUACUAAAGGACUUAAAAAAUAUGUCGUAUGCCCAGAAUGUAACUGCAUUUAUGAUUAUGAAGAUGUUAUGAAUGGAUUGGUGUCCUAUUGUUCUAAUAUGGUGUUCAAACUAUAUAAUACUUUGAAAAUAAGAUGCUACGCUCCUUUAAUAGCAAAAGAUUCCAAUAACUCAAUUAAACCUAUUAAGCGUUAUGCUUAUAAUUCAAUCAAGGCAACUUAGAAAAAUUCAUUAUGCAUUCAAAGUUUAAGAAAAAAUAAAUGAAUGGCGAAAGAGAAGCACUAUUAAAGGAAUGAUGUUUGAUUUUUUUGAUGGUGAAUACUUUCAACAAUUCAAAAAAGAUGGAGAAAUGCACCAUUCAUUCAAAAAGACGGUUCCCUUAUGUUGAGCUUGAAUGUAGACUGGUUUACUCCAACAAAGACCAUGAAUUAUCAUGUUGGGGCUAUUACUUCAUUAUAAACAACCUUUCUAGGAA